UUACUUACGCAGAAUGAGGCGCCAGCGACUUUACCUUUGACCUCUCUGCCUCGGCUGACAGUGGACCAAUCAGUUCUCUCGUUGUUGAGACGUGCUGAACUUGCUCGGAGGUUCUUACCCCCUCGUCAACAUGUCUUCAUCGGAGGCUAAUAAUGGCCCAAGCCAAGCGCCACCUUAUCCAGGUGUACCGCCAACAGGGAUACCUCCCCCAUUUAUGGGACCACCAGGAAUACCGCCUCAUUUUCCUCCAAUGGGAAUACCUCCUAUGGGACAACGACCUCCCAGUAUGACUCCGAUGCCUCCUGGUAUAAUUCCUCCUGGUAUAAUGCCACCAAUGGGGGCACCUCCUAUGGGACAGAUGCCAGGCAUGAUGCCACCUAUGUUGCCAAGCAUGAUGUUGCCCCCUCGCAUACCAGCUGCGUCUGUCCAGCCAACAGGACCGCCUGGUGUUGACUCCACAGCUGCUGCACCUGUAACAGCUACUACAACAAAUGGAUCUCCACAGGAGGAACAGCCAAAGAAGAAAUCCUUGUGGACUGAACACAAAUCGCUGGAUGGGAAGACCUAUUAUUAUAAUACAGAGACUAAACAGUCAACGUGGGAGAAACCAGAUGAACUCAAAUCUCCUGCCGAACAAAUGUUGUCUAAAUGCCCUUGGAAGGAGUACAAGUCAGACACUGGGAAGCCUUAUUAUUACAAUUCUCAGACGAAGGAGUCCAGAUGGACGAAACCCAAAGAGCUGGAGGAUCUGGAAGCUAUGAUCAAAGCAGAGGAGAAUGGAACGACAGAGGUCGCAGCCCCUGGCACCACAGCAGCUCCCGCAGUGCAAGCAGAUACCACAGCCACUACGACGACGACGACAACAACAACAGCAGCAGAGGUGGAAACUGCAGCAGCAGUCUCAGAGGAACACCCAUCCCAGGUGACUGUGCAUCCCACAGCUGAGGUACAGGCUGUGGAUGCACCUGUGGCUUCUUCAGAGAGCGCAACUCCUACAACAGAGGUCACAACCAGUAUUGAAGCCCCAAAGGAAGAACGACCAGAACUUCAGAAGAAAACGUACAAAUGGAACACAAAGGAGGAAGCCAAACAGGCCUUCAAAGAGCUGCUGAAGGAGAAGGGUGUGUCUUCAAACUCCUCCUGGGAACAAGCUAUGAAAAUGAUUAUUAACGAUCCUCGUUACAGUGCGCUUCCCAAAUUGAGUGAGAAGAAGCAGGCUUUUAAUGCCUACAAAGUGCAAACAGAGAAGGAGGAAAAGGAGGAGGCCAGAAUUAAAUACAAGGAAUCCAAAGAGACAUUCCAGAGGUUCCUUGAGAACCAUGACAAGAUGACAUCAACCACCAGAUAUAAAAAAGCAGAACAGAUGUUUGCUGAACUCGAGGUGUGGAGCUGUGUUCCAGAGAGAGACAGGCUUGAGAUCUAUGAAGAUGUUUUGUUCUACCUCGCUAAGAAAGAAAAGGAACAAGCCAAGCAGCUUAGAAAGAGGAACUGGGAAGCGCUGAAGAACAUUUUGGACAACAUGGCCAACGUCACAUAUCGCACCACCUGGUCUGAGGCCCAGCAGUACCUGCUAGACAACCCCACCUUUGCAGAAGAUGAGGAGCUGCAGAAUAUGGACAAAGAAGAUGCCCUGAUUUGUUUUGAGGAACACAUCCGGGCAUUGGAAAAGGAAGAGGAGGAAGAGAAGCAGAAAACCCUCCUCAGGGAGAGAAGACGGCAACGCAAGAACAGAGAAGCCUUCCAGAAAUUUCUGGAUGAGCUCCAUGACCACGGUCAGCUUCACUCCAUGUCUGCCUGGAUGGAGAUGUACCCAACCUUGAGUUCAGACAUCCGCUUUGCCAACAUGCUGGGCCAACCAGGCUCCACUCCCUUAGAUUUGUUCAAAUUCUACGUGGAAGACCUAAAGGCUCGCUACCAUGAUGAAAAGAGGAUUAUUAAAGAUAUUCUUAAGGACAAAGGUUUCCUGGUUGAAGUCAACACCAGCUUUGAUGACUUUGGAUCAGUCAUCAGCUCAGAUAAGAGAGCCACCACACUGGAUGCCGGAAACAUAAAGCUGGCCUUCAACAGCCUCUUGGAGAAAGCUGAAGCCAGAGAGAGGGAACGAGAGAAGGAGGAGGCAAGAAAAAUGAAGAGGAAAGAAGCUGCGUUCAAGAACAUGCUGAAACAAGCCACACCACCGCUGGAGCCAGAGACUUCAUGGGAGGGGGUUAGAGAGAGGUUCUUGAAAGAACCUGCCUUCGAAGAUGUGACUCUGGAGUCAGAGAGGAAAAGGAUUUUCAAAGACUUCAUGCAUGUCUUGGAGCAUGAAUGCCAGCAUCACCACUCAAAGACCAAGAAGCAUUCAAAGAAGUCCAAGAAGCACCACAGGAAGCGAUCCCGCUCCCGAUCGGGCUCAGAGUCUGAGGAUGAGGAAUACCACAAAAAGAAAAAGAGGUCGCAGUCAAAGUCCCCCUCUGAACGCUCCUCCAGUGGAGAGUCUGAGAGAAGCUAUAAAAAAUCCAAGAAACACAAGAAGAAGGGCAAGAAGAGGCGCCACAAGUCUGCAUCACCUGAGUCUGACAAUGAGAAGAAAGGAAGAGAGCGCGACGGCAAGCGAGAAAAAGACCUAGAGAAAGAUAAAGAGAAUGACAAGUCUCGAGGAAAGUCUCGCUCCGACUCGAAACAGAAGUCUCCUAAAAGGAAAGCGGCCAAAGAGGAGGGCGGCUGGGAUACAUCAGGCAGUGAGCUGAGUGAAGGAGAGCUAGAGAAAAGACGAAGAACUCUAUUGGAACAGCUGGACGCGCCUUGAUCCUCACACGCUGCAGCCUUUUCGUUGUUUUCCUCCGCUUCUACAAACAUGCAUUCCCCUUGGAGCUCGUCUGACCGCACUGGUCGUACGGCGGUGGACGGACUGUGACAUGACGCCUUCUGCUGGUAUUUAUGGGAAUGUACUACACUGAGCAACCACACGUACUUGGUAAAUAAUUUGAUAUCAGUUAAUUGUUAAUGUCUGAAUGGCCUUUUUAUUGCUUUUGUUAUUUUUUGUUAGUUGACUGUAGUGGAUAUGUUUUCCAUUCAUUUUAUACUGCAUUAAUAUAAAAUGUUAAUGCCACACUGAUUGUCUUUCACCUAGAGAGCAUAAAAAAAGUCCCUUAAUUGAUCAAACUUGACUGCAGCUGAAUUCUCAAGGAUCGGUCCAAAAAGGUUUUAAUGGAAGCAUUUUGUUGAAUUGUAAUAAAAAUAUUGGUUCAGUGAUUGGUUUCUGUUCAUUAGCAGUUCAGUAAGUAAAGAUUCUCAGAUUGA